AUGCCCGCCUACAACUCCGUCUUCAACAGCGACCCCAACCCUCCUCGCAUGAUUGGAAACUUCCCUCUUCUCCCUCUUCGCACAAAAACCCGCGGCCCCGCCUACACGCUGCCGAUCCCCUCGCCGCCUCUUCCUGCCCACGAGGCUCCCGACGUCGAGAGCGAGAGCUACGACAUCCUCGACGAGGUUCUCUCCGUCUUCCGCGCAAACACAUUCUUCCGAAACUUUGAGAUCCAGGGCCCUGCCGACAGAUUGCUCAUCUAUGGAAUCUGGUUCGUUAGCGACUGCUUGACCAAGAUCAAGCCCACGGCCAACAUCAAGGAGGCUCAGAAGGAUGUGCUGAAUCUCGCGCUGGAUCUUAACUUUGCCCUCCCUGGCGACCCGGCGUGGCCUCUUAACCAGAUGUACGAGCCCCCCCGCGACAGACAGGAUGCUGAGCAGCUUCGCCAAUAUAUGUCACAGGUCCGCCAGGAGCUUGCUGCACGCAUACUCGCUCGCGUAUACGAAGAGAACCCUGACGUUCCUAGCAAGUGGUGGUUGAGUUUCACAAAGCGCAAGUUCAUGGGUAAGUCGCUGUAA